AUGGCUGCCAGGAGUGCUGAUGCUUUCUGCAUCGCCCACAUGCCCUUCUCCAGUAGUGCCAGGCAGCACUUACAAGGAGCCCUUGAAGUGGAAAGUGUUGAUCUAAACUGCCUUCAGAACAGCAACAACCACAACACACAGUGUUUUGGUGCUAAUAAACUCAUUGUGAGAAGAGGCCAGGCUUUUGCUUUCUAUCUGCAUUUCCAAAACCGGGCCUGGGAUGAUGACAAGGACAAGAUCACAUUCACAGUGGAGACAGGUAUCAAACCCUGUGAGUCUCUUGGGACAAAGAGCACCUUUCCAUUAGGUGGAUGUACAGAUCAAAGCCUCUGGAGUGCAUGCUACAAACACCAUGAUGAAAAAUGUCUCAGCAUCAAUCUGCUCUUGCCAGUGAAUGCCUGUGUGGGAUGCUACCUUCUGAACAUGUGCCUGGUAUCAUGUGAUCACACACAUUCCCAGCAUCUUGGAGAAUUUUAUGUCCUUUUUAACCCUUGGUGCUCCGAUGACUCUGUAUAUCUAGACAAUCAAGCCCACAGAGAAGAAUAUAUACUAAAUGAACAUGGGAUUGUAUUCCAAGGACUUUCCAAACACAUAACAUCUCAUGCAUGGCAUUUUGGACAGUUCCAGGAUGACAUUCUGGAGAUCUGUCUGAAAAUCCUGGACUCAAGUACAAACUUCCUGCGUGACCCUGGCAUGGACUGUUCCUGCCGUAAUGACCCAGCAUACAUUUGCAGAGUGUUGAACAAUAUGAUAUGUUGUCAUAAGAAGAAAAGCAUAAUGAAACUUCCACCCAACAAUAAUUACCUGCAGGGAGUCAAUCCUUUGAUGUGGAAUGGAAGUGUCCCUAUCCUUCGGCAGUGGCAUCACAACAAAUGUAAACCUGUCAAAUACGGACACUGUGGGACACUUGCUGCUCUGAUGUGUUCAGUUAUGCGGUGUUUGGGAAUCCCAAGCCGAGUUGUUACAGGCUUCUAUUGUUCUUUGAAUGCUGCUGACCCUCUCAUUGUCCAGGAGGUUUUCGACUUUACAGGAAAAACUGUAAAUGGCAAAGAACAUAUCUGGAGGUACCAUUGCUGGAAUGAAUCUUGGAUGGCCCGAAAAGACAUAAAUCAAUCUGGUGCUGACUGGCAAUAUCUGGAUCCAACACCUAUAGAGACUAGUAAAGGGUCAGUGUGCAGUGGUCCUAUUUGGGUCAAAAGCAUUAGAGAGGGAGAUGUGGAUACUGACUCUGAUGGUCCUCAUGUAUUUGGACUGCUAAAUGCAAGGAAUACUGCCUGGGUUUCCCAAGGCAGAGGUAAGAAGAUAAAACUUCAUUGUGAAACCUGGCCUUGUGGACAAUGCAUCAGCACCAAGAGUGCUGGUAGUGAUUUACGGGAGGAUAUCACUGAUGCUUACAAGUAUGAAUUAGGCUCUAUGCAGGAGAAAAAAGCUUUUUAUAAAGCCUGCAGAAAAAUUAAUUCUCGGUAUCUAAAUGCUCCCAAUUCUGAGAUAGACAAAGAUUUAGCAUCUCAAAGAAACAAAGGUCUGAAGGACACUGGGAUUACAAUGAAGUUUAAGAUGGCUAAUUGUCCCUUCUAUGGUCAAGAUGUACAAAUGAACUGGGUGCUUAAAAACUUGUGCAAUGAAGCCAAAGACAGGAAAUUCAACCUUUGUGCUCAGGCAAUGAUGUACAAUGGAUAUUCACUCGAUCAGUUUUGGAAAGACAGUGUACAUGUCACACUUGGCCCAAAGGAAGUAAAGACAAUCCUGAUAACAAUACCAUAUGACGACUAUGGAUCUUACCUUUGCGAUCAUAACAUUAUGAGGGUGGUCGCUGUCUCAAUGCCAGAACGGAAAGGAGAAGUCAUGAUGGGGGAGAGAGAUGUCUUAAUUGACAGCCUCCCUGUUAAGAUACAGAUUUUAGACCAUCCUCGGAUGAAUGCACCAUGCUCUGCAGAAGUCAUCUUCUCCAAUCCACUCAAAGAGGACCUGAAGAGCUGCAUGCUGCACCUAGAAGGUUAUGGGCUUAUCGGUGAACCAACAGCUACUGAAUUGGGAACACUGCCUGCUAAUCAUAUGGCACAAACUUGUGUGGAGUUUACUCUCUACAGAAAGGUACAGGCUCUUCUAAGGGCUAGCCACCCACCAAGCCAUGCCCGUCCCGCUAUUUCAUCAUCUGACGAUGAGGAGGAUGUUAAUUUCUCUGUCAUAAUUUUGAAGUGGCUGGAUGCUUUGGAAAGAGCCAAAGGGGCCUCAACGCAGUCCAAGAGUGGGAGCAAGCGGGUGUGGCCAGUUAGGGCUGCUUCUAAAAUGGCCUUCCGAAUGGAGGUUCUGAGACAUCUCUCUGCUCUUGAGUUUUUGACAGGUCCAGCUGCAGCCAUGCCUAGUACCAGCCAUGAGGAGGCCGAUGCUGAGGACGAUACGGUGCUUGAGGCUGAAGGGGAAGGAAUAGUGGAAGGCGGUCCAGUCGCCAUGGCAGUUGAACCUACAAUGCCUGAGGGUAAAUCUGCUUUGCCAUAG